AUGACAAGAUCGGACCCACGUUCCUGCACCACGAACACGGCCAUCUCUCAAGCUCAAGGAAUAAGAUACGAUGACAGUCAUAUCACGGUACUCAUUGGCCCCAACAAAGAACCGCCAACUACCAAGACAACGGAUCACGACAUCUGGAAAAGACGUACCACGCGGGGGGAGGAGUUUCUUCUCCCCCCGAAGUGGAUGCCGAGUCGGCAUCGGACGAUUCAUGUCGUCGGGCAACAUCAUGCUCGACGACAUGUUCUCCGUCCGGCGUCUCUCCAGCAACGCCUCGCGGCGGGUUGGUCUUCCCAUAUGGAGUCGGAAAUAUUUAACGACGCUCAGCCGACGGUGGUGGUGAUUGGCGCUUGGUGGGGGCGGUGCAUGUCAUUCCACAACGUCCCUCAUCAGCGCCAACGCCUCACUUCGGCGCGGCACCGAACAAUUUCGAUGCCGUUGGCUCCUGGCGGCGUUCCUCGCACAGAGGUUCGCGUCAGGAAGAGUUGCGACAUCUAUGGGAAAACGGCAAUUGCUCUAGAGCUGGUGGGCUGCUACAAUCCGACUCACCAGACCGAGUCACUGUUGGGAACUAGGAAAUUUCCACAUGAUUGUCCAAAAACAUGGGGCCUGUCUCCAGGGGUCCCUACCAGUGAAGAAUGGGCCAUUGGCCAACGAUGCCAACCCCAAGUGACCCUUGCAAAAACGGGCACCACGAGUGACCCUCAAGGUCUCUGGCUGAAUCUUCCAGAACAGAUAGAUCGCGAUGCGAUGGCACAUUCUUCACUGGGCAUCUUGAACUUUUCGACCAAACCUGCGGCGUUGAUGAUACCUACGCCUGAUCAAAAUAUCGGGAGUCCAGUUGCUACACUAUCCGCCAACGCCUCGACAUCGUGGGACCUGUACGCACAACUCCAGGCCACAGGGGCUGCCCACGAUCCCAUUCCACCACGCGGGUCGGGAAACCAGUCGUGGCUGCUCCCAGGACAGCAUCGAUCUCACUGCACGCUCACCUCUUUGAUCCAUCCAGGGGAGCUGGGUGCGGAGUUGCACGAAUGCCUUCACGAGGACGUCCCACCGCCUCCGGCCAGUUCCCCUUUCGCCAGUACGAUGGGGACGAAGCUGCAAGAAAGCUGA